AUGGAGCAGCCGGAGCUGGUUCCCGAACCGUCCCCACUACCGGAUCCGCUGGUGUCGAAGUCGGCAGGGAGGGCAAUCGGGGCCUCGACUUCGUCGGGGACGGGUGCAGCAAUGGUGAAGAACGCGUCCAUGGUAGAUGUACAAGACGAGGGUAUCCGAGAGCAGGCCUUCAGGUUUUAUGCGACAUCGGGAGGAAGGCUGGGCGCGCGCACAAACAAUAGGACUGUCAUUCGACCUGGAGGUAGGCCACGAAUGUGA